AUGUCAAAAGAUUUUAUUAUUCCUUUAAUUUUAUUGGUACUCUAUGCAGUUGUAGGGUUUAUCGCGAUAGUAUCAGUAUUCAUAGAGUUAUAUAUACACAAGGCAUCUUGGAAUUCAAUAAAGAUCUUUUUUUAUAGUUUAUUAAUUUUACAAUGUUUAUGUAGAGCCAUUAUACUUGGAUGGGGAAUGAUAGAGUCGGUGCAAGGUGGUGAAUUCUAUAGCAAUUUUCCAUCACUAUUAUUUAUUUCGUAUUGUGGUUUAAUUGCCUUACAAAUGAUACAGUUUUUACCAGAUGAUAACCAAUAUUUAUUAGAUUAUUCAAAAAAGACACAUUCAAGAAGAGUUAAAGUUGCAACUAAUAUAUUAAUAAUGUUUAAUUUAUUUAUGUACUUUGGAAUGUUUUUACUAUUUGGGAUUGCAGAAAAACAAAUUGGAAACUCAACAAGUUUUAAUCGUCAUGGUCACAAUUCAACAGAUAGCAUUGAUGGAAAUUCUAUCAGUUUUUUUAAUUCAUCAUCAACAUCAUCAUCAUCAUCAUCAGAAAAAAUUUAUGUCUUUGGUGAUAAAGAUCCAAUUUACAUCAUUUUAGAUUGCUUUUAUUUUGCAUGUUUAUUGAUUUUAUUUUCAUCACACCUAUAUGUUGGUUGGAAGACCUAUAAAAGAAAUAAAGACCUUUUUGGAAUACGAUUAAAUUUAAUUCAUUUAGUAGUAAUAGUUAGUAUAUUUAUUAGAUCAGUAUUGGUUGUAGUUGAUCCAUCAUCACCAGAAAACUCCAUAUUGCAUAUUGAAACCAAGUCAUGGGUAAUAUGGGUCUACACAAUGUCAUACUAUAUAGUUGGUGAAAUUAUACCAGGUUUAUUAUUAAUCAGUAUAGAGUUUUUAUUACCAUAUCACAAAAAGAAAGACUAUAUAAAUAUUGGAGGAGAGUUAUCAAGCUAUCAAGACGUAUGGAAACCAGAGAAUAUAGCGAUUCACGAACUUUUAGGAAUGGGUGGUAGUGGAGCAAUGGUACAUCGUUGCACUGUCAAAAAAGGCCCAUUAAGAGGUGGAACAUUUGCGGUCAAAGUUAUGAAAGAUUGCACACCAGAAGAUCAAGAGUCAUUAGAGAACGAAAUUUUAGUUUAUGAAAAUUUGAAAUCACCAUAUAUCGUAUCAUAUCAAGGCAGUGCUAAACUAUCAUCAAAGAACGGAAUGGUUUAUGAAAUUCGUUUAUUUAUGGAAUACAUACCACACACACUUGACAAAUAUUUAUUAGCAAGAUCAGUAACUGGUGAUAAAAUUGACCAUAAUGGUGGUGGAAAUGGAGGAUCAAACUACUUGUUAAAGAACUACCUUCUUCACAUGCAAGAGUACACUACCACCGGUGUAUCACCUCAAAAUAAUAUUGGUGCCAAAUGUUAUCCAUACUAUUUCACAUAUCGACAAAUUGUAUGGUACCUAUAUCAGAUUUCAAUUGGUUUGGAUACCUUACACAACAACAGAAUAGCACACCGUGAUUUAAAAACAAACAACAUUUUUGUAACAUUAUCAGACUCACAUAUCAAAAAUUGUAAAAUUGGUGAUUUCGAUAUUAGCAAAUCUUUUAAUAAUAAAUAUUACAAAUUAAAACAACAAAAUCAACAAAUUGAUCAAUUAACAAAUAAAUAUUAUACUUUUGGUUUUUCAAAUAAUCAACAACAAAUACCACCACCAGAUAAUAAUAAUAAUAAUAAUAAUAAUAAUAAUAAUAAUAAUAAUACUUUUCAACAGGAUAUUUUAGCUUUUGGUAUCAUUAUAUUGGAUCUUUUGACAUUAAAUAAUUAUUCAUGCUUAAAUAAUAGAAAUAUAAUAACGGAAAAUAACUUAAAGAUACCCGAGUCACUACCAGAUUAUAUCAAUAGAGAUUUAAAUCUAUGGUCUCCAAUAAUAAAUCUUUACAAGAGUUGUACUGCCAAUGAACCAAAUAUGAGACCCUCCUCAAUAGAAGUAAAAUAUGUUUUAUCUGAUCUUUAUAAAAAAAUUAUUGAAACUGGUUUAUCUGAUGAUAUAAUAUUUUUACCCAAAGAUUUAUCAAGACACUAA